UAUAUCUGGCUGCAGGUGCUGGAACCUGCUUGCUCCUCUUGUCUUUCCACAUUCCAUAUCAUCCCUACCACAACCCGCCAUGGCCAACGUCUUGCAAGGAGGGGACGGCAUGAUGGGAGGAGGGGCCGGAGGCUUUCCGCUCGAGCAAUGGUUUUAUGAGAUGCCUGUGUGCACGCGCUGGUGGAUGACGGCGGCGCUGAGUGCAAGUGUGCUGGUGCAAUGCCACAUCAUCUCGCCCUUCCAGCUGUUCUACAGUGUGCGCACUGUCUUCUUCAAGAGCCAGUACUGGAGACUACUCACAACCUUCUUCUACUUCGGCCCCCUCAGUCUCGACCUCCUCUACCACAUCUUCUUCCUCCAGCGAUACGCGCGACUACUCGAGGAAUCGUCUGGCCGCUCGACGGCACAUUUCGCAUGGCUCCUCACUUUCGCUUCCACCCUCCUCCUCUGUAUUGCGCCCAUCUUCUCCAUGGCCUUCCUCGGCUCCGCUCUGUCCAGCACGCUCAUCUACAUCUGGAGCAGAAAGAACCCCGACACAAUGCUUAGUUUCCUUGGACUUUUGGUCUUCAAGGCGCCGUACUUGCCCUGGGUGCUGUUGGCCUUUUCGCUCAUCAUGCACGGGACGGUACCCAAGGACGAGAUGUGCGGCAUUGUUGUCGGCCAUAGUACUAUGGUACUACCUGAACGACAUCUACCCGCCGCUCCACCACAACCACAGCCCUCUAUACCCACCCGCUUGGUGGAUUCGUCUGUUUGAGGGGCCUCCCGCUCCUGCGGAAGAGCCUGUUGAAGAUGCGGCACCGUUGGACACGGACGUGAACAGGAACGGUGAGAACAACCCAGGGGAG